AUUUGAAAGCUGAAAGGUUCAGUUAAAUCAUAUCCCACCGAUUUUCGAAAUACAAAAACACUAUAUCACUCCUCAGCUCCCGUUCCCGGCGGCGCUGUUCUUCUAAGUUAAGAGGAAAUUGGUAUAAACAUGGAAUUGAGUUAUGUUAAUGCAUCUGGUAGAUAUGAGAUGGAUUCUUCUCAAAAGCAGGUGUCCAACAAUGGCCGGGAUAUAAUAAGUGACCUACCUAACCACAUUAUUGGUUCUAUUCUUUCUUUUCUUCCGACUAAAGUCGCGGUUCGCACUUGUGUUCUCUCAAAAAGGUGGAAAAACUUAUGGACAUUUGUCAGAGAACUUAGCUUUCAAGAUCAUUUUCACCGCAUUAAAAUUAAGAAAAUGCAGUUUGUACAGUUUGUCUAUAGGGUACUACGUCAUCUGGAUAGUUCAAUGAUCGAUAGCUUUUCUCUUUCUUUAUGCUAUAACUAUGCCCAUAUUAAGGAGUGGAUUUCUUUAGUUUUGAGUCGGAAGGUCAAAAAAGUUUAUUUGGAGGCACAGUCUAAACAUCAAUAUCAAGAGUUUCCUACCAAAAAAAAAAAAGAGUUUCCUACCAAUUCCCUUUUCGAAUGCCAGUACUUACAGGAAUUGUGUUUGAAAAAUUUUCGUAUCAGACUUCGUCCCUUUAUCACUCUUUCAUCCCUCACAGUUCUUAAAUUAUCCAGAAUGUCAGUUACCACUACCUUUGGCGUUCCGAAUGAACCGAAAGAUUUAACACUUAAUUUCCCUGUUCUUAGAAAGUUUGAGACAGAAGGAUGGCCAUGGUAUCAUGUAAAGAGUGUCACUUUACAAAUGCCGCUGCUAGAUGUUCUUUCAAUGGACGACUGUCGAUAUCACGGGCCACAUGUUGAAAUUAAUUAUUGUGUUUCGCAUCUUAUAAAGUUUAAUUAUACUGGCCGUUUUUUGUCAGCAACCAUUUUGGUAGAUGCAGUAGACAUUGUUUCUGCUAAUAUUAAUAUUAUGCUAUAUGAUGGUUCAAGUAACAGUAUACAAGAACAAAUGGUUUUUGUUAGUAAGCUUCUAAGUAUUAAUGGUCUUAAUGCAGCUAGUCUAAAGCUUUGUCUGUCUCGUGAGCAGCUAUUUGAAAGUGUCGUCGAGGUAUUUGAAAAAGUGAGAGAUUCUCUUAAUUACAUUCCUGACUUUCAAAUAUUAAGUCAUCUCCAUCUAGAGUUAGCACCUGGUGAUUUGUUGCUUGGAAUACUUUCGAAAUCACCAUGUUUGGAGACUUUAGUUUUAAAGGUUCAAGAUUUUGGUAAAACACUGCUUGAUUCUGCAUUAAUGCCGGGUUGUUUUCUACUUACCCUUAAAGUGGUGAAAUUUGAAAGAUUUGCUGCUACUACACAUGACUUAAAUUUCGCAGAAUUUGUGUUGAAAAAUGCUAUGGUCUUGGAGAAGAUUACUUUCUCCUGUUCUCCUCCUAAGAAGCUUGGCCAGAAGAAAUGGAAAAAAGUUAGAGAUAACAUCUUGUCAUACACAAGGAGGUUUAGCUCCCUAGAUAUAAAAUUGGAAAUUGUUCCAUAGUUAUAGAAAUGUGCAAAACUGUGUACAAUUUACAUUAAUAAAUUUGAUUAAGAGAGACUAUAUCCAACUAUAGAUAGUUCAGGAAGAACUAACUCUUGAAACCAUGUUUUCAUUUUAUUAUUCCUAGUAAUGUGUUUGGUAAA